CCAUUUCCAUAAUUAAACCAGGAUGCUUCCCUUGCUGGUGCUGGGUUUCACAAUUGAAUUGACUGCUGAGAUGGGCCGUUCCGGGCUGUCACGGCUCUGACCCGCUUCGGCCCGGUUCCGUAACUGGAUGGGACCCGUGGCCCAAGAUAGGGGGGAGGGGGAGAGUGAAAAGGUGGGGAGAUGGGCCUGAAAACAAAACAGCGACGAGCUAAGGGAGAAAACUAAUUUACUAACAAUGAUAGCAGAAAGUGUGAUAAGGCAAUGUAAUGCCAUUGGAAUUGAAGCUGAUAAAUGAGCGCCCAGAACCAAAGGCAUUACUUACUGUAAUGCUGAAGGCCAGGUGGCUGGGCAGCACGCACCGCAGCGAUGAGCAGUAGAAGAAGGGCCGUCUCGUGACUCCCAAGCAGUUCCAUCUUUCGCUCUGAACGGAAAAUUUGAAUGGCAUAGCAAAGUCUUCUGGGAGAUGUAGUUCUCUUCUGCGAAGGGCACCUGGAAACUCCACAAUCCUUGGAACUGGAGCAUUAACUCUUUAACUCCCAGUGCACUACAGGAUGCUGUGAUGUGGAACACUGAUAACAAAAUUCAUAAAACUGUGAUACAGGCUGAUCUUUUUGCUUCCUCAAAGUCACACCAGUACAUUAUACGUUCUUUCAAAACGUUAGCUUGCAGCAGACAGUGAAAAAAAAAAAGCCUAUUUUAAACAGAAUCCACAAAAACCUGCACUACUGUUUUGGGCAAUAAUGCCAGGAAAGUCAGUGGAGUUUGUAUCAAGUUCCUAUGCCACAGGAUUGUGUAAUUAAAAAAAACCAAAAACAAUACUGUACAAAAGCCCUUGUUGUACAGUAUUUCAUGGGAUGUCCUCUAGAAAGCCUUCCUCAAUUUUCAGGAAAGUGAGAGGAGGUCAUGGCAGAACAGGAGUUGCCAGGUCUUUUGAUUAUGGAUGUUGGAGGAACUCAUGGUGUGCAAGAAAGCCUUGUGGUGCUUCUGAAGAAACACUUCUGCGUUAUCACCAUGAAAGAACUUCUUGAAAACAAAAAAGAAAUGGGGAAAAAAAUCCAAUCCAUUUUUGUGUCGGAGUCCAGGCCAACUAUCGACCGGGAGCUUCUAGAAAGCCUGCCUAAUUUAAAGGUCAUUGGAAACUCUGGUGUUGGAGUGGAUCACUUAAACUUGAAAAUGAUUUCUAACUUUGGUGUAAAAGUGACUAAUACCCCACACGCUGUUGCAGACUCAACAGCAGACAUGGGAAUGGCCCUAAUGCUGGCGUCUGCCAGAAGACUUGUGGAAGGCUUCCAGAUAGCAGUUUCUCCAGACACAAACUAUUUUGCUGCUGACUGGCUGGGAGUUGAAGUUACCAGGGCGACUCUUGGGAUCAUUGGGAUGGGCAGAAUCGGGUAUAAAGUGGCUCAGAGAGCCAGAGCCUUUGAAAUGAAGAUCCUGUACCACAACAGGAACCGCAGGAGCAAGGAGGAAGAGCAGGCUGUUGGUGCCUGCUACAGUCAGAUGGAAGAUUUGCUGCAGCAAUCUGACUUUGUUAUGCUGGUUGUGAACCUGACACCUGAGACUGAAAAACUGAUUGGGAAAAAGGAGCUGGGGCUGAUGAAACCCACAGCCACUCUUAUAAACAUCAGCCGAGGUGCAGUUAUUGAUCAAGACGCACUGGUGGAAGCUCUCCAGAAUAAGACUAUUAAGGCUGCUGCUCUGGAUGUGACAUACCCUGAGCCUCUGCCAAGAAAUCAUCCUUUGUUGAAAUUAAAUAACGCCAUCAUAACCCCACAUAUUGGAACUGCAACAGUUCAAGCCACCCACAUGAUGACAGAAGAAGCAAUAGCAAACAUGCUGUCCGUUCUCAACUGUCAACCCGUUCCAAGUGAAGUGUUUCCCCAAUGAUGCGCACCAAACGGCAGCGCUAAAUCUCUGGCCUACGAGAAGGCUCCAUUUCAUACAGAACCACUAUUAGUUUUGAGCAGGAAAAAAAAGCAGCCGUGUUCCUUCACAGCUCUUUUGGUCACUCUGCUGCAAAGCUGUCAACUCGCUCAGCUUACUCUGUACUGGCAUUUACAAAAUCAAAACAGCGAAGUGGAACAGAUAAAACGGUUCUGUUUGAACACUU